UGUUGCAGCUGAGAGACUUAUAAACGGUACACAGACAAACGGUUAUCAUAUUUUAUUUAACGUUUCAUUUUUGUAUAUUUUUUUUAAUUUUCAUUUUUAACUUUAACUUUAUCACCAAAAUACCAACAACAGACUGUUGCUGAAAUGCCAAAUCAAAGAGACGAGGCUGCUGACGAUUCCCCCGCUGACCUUCCCUGUCUGGAAAAACUUGACUCUCCCACAGGGAGCCCACCCACCGCCUCAUUAUCCAGUCUGAUGGAGCUGGAAAAUUGUGUUUCCAACCUGAACCUCGCGCAUGAGAUAGUGCUGAACAGAGACUUCUGCUUCAAACCCAGGAGCCCUCCUACAGACAGCCUGGAGGGCAGAGUGACGGAGAUUGUUCACAGAGCGUUUUGGGACAGUCUUCAAGAGCAGCUGAACAGUGAUCCUCCAAACUACAGCCAUGCUGUCAUUCUGCUCCAGGAAGUCAAGACUAUGCUUCAGGCCCUGCUGCUGCCCGGUCACGUCAGACUGAGAGCUCAGCUGGACGAGGUUCUGGACAUGGAGCUGAUCCAGCAGGAGGUCGAUCAUGGAGCUCUGGAUCUCCACAGACUGGCAGGAUACAUCAUUAACACCAUGGCAUCUUUAUGUGCACCUGUGAGAGACCCAGCGGUCCGGGCACUGAGGGACCUCGAGGACCCUGUGGAGCUCCUGAGGGAGAUCUUCCAUGUCUUGGGCCUGAUGAAGACUGACAUGGUUAACUUCACCAUCCAGAGCCUGAGGCCUCACCUCCUGCAGCAGGCCGUGCAGUACGAGAGGGCCAAGUUCCAGCAGAUCCUGGACAAGCAGCCGGCUGCUCUGGAUGAUACAACAGCUUGGCUUCAGGCAGCCGCGUCAGAAGAGGCGUCGGCCGUCAGAGCUCAGUCUGAGUCUCCCAGUCCUGACAGCCGAGGUCCUGUCAGCGCCACUGCUGUCCUCAACCGGGCCUACAUGCGUCUGCUACACUGGGACCCGCAAGACCAGAAAUAUCCCGAGACUGUGCUGAUGGACCGAGCCCGCCUGGACGCGCUGGGCCAGCGGCUCCGGAUGCUGGUCCUGGAGGCGUCGGUGCUGCUCCUGACCAGCGCUCAGUGCGGGGGCUCCGUUUUCUCCCUGCAGGGGUUUGUAGGUAAACUCAGGCAGUCCGUCACUGCCCUGCUGGAGGGCAGUCACACCAGGGAAGCUGACCUGAAGGGGGCGCUGCUGGGGGUUGGGGAGACAGUGCUGCAGCUGGUGACCGAAGCUGUGAGCGGCCAGGGAGGCACAGCGCUGCCUCAGGAGAGCCAGGAUCUGCUGAAAGGACAAAUAUCUGAGCUGUGGAAGCACAACAACCCUGUCCGCACACUCAUAGGAGAAAGGGUACAGGGCUUCCUCCAGGCCAUGCUGCAGGGUGGCCCCGCUAAAAGGAGUCCAGAGCCGCCCGCUCCCCUCAGGCUGGUGAGCGCUGAGCUAGCCGAGCUGGGGACGGCCUUUGGGCGAAUCGUCCACUUCAACCAAACUGUCUUUGGUCCGUUCUACGCACCCAUCCUCAGGAAAGCGCUGUUCCCACCAGGAGAGGCCGAGACGGGGGAGGACUCACGCUAGGCUGAUGGCGACCCCAAAAACCUCCUUAACAUAAGCUGUUGUUGGACAUUGAAUGUGUCGCUAUAGAGUGUAAAUACGGUGAAGGAGAAUGUUGAAGGGAAAAACAUUUACAGACUAAAGAAAAAAAACUUGUAUAUUAUUAUUUUUCAAGUGUUUGAACAAAAGAGUCUAAAUCAAAGCAUAAGACAGGUUCUUAAUUAUGCAUUUUAACUACACAUCUGACUGCACAAACAUUAGGAAAACCUAACUGAUUGUGUGAAGCAAAAUGAGGAAUAGCUUUCAACUGCACAAGAGUGACUAACAGUUUGCUGUGUGUUACUGAAAAGAGAACAAGAUUGUGACUAUGAAAUUGUUUUUUUUGAAAGGAUAAUUUGUUGGUUUACUUCAUCUCCAGAUAAACACCCUCAGGAAAAACAACCAAAGAUUAUGCUAAUAGUUUGUAAAUAAUAGUUAAGUUUUAAUAUGUAGCCGGUUUCUGUACUCUUUUUAUGUUGACAGAUGUUUUUGUAUAACUUACCAAAGACGGAGUGCACUUAAACUUUGUUUUGUUUUGGGUUUUUUUGCACCUGGGAUGAUGAACCAAAUUAUAGUCAGUGUUUCCCCUACAGUUCUUGAUAUUAGUGGAAGGUGGAGUAACAAACUUAUUUGUAAAUACUUAGCAAAUUGAUUAAUAUUCCAUUUUUUGGCAGCCACAAAGAAAUGAAACACAAUUACCAAAAUUCUUUGAGGAUUCACUGCUGGCGGCGAUGGAUUUUAAAUAAUAUUCAGGGAAAACUAUUAGUGAAUACAGUUAUUGUGAGCUUAGGUAAACACAAAAGCAAACAGACUGAAAGCUUAAAUCCAGUGCAACAGAUCACUCACGUAAACUUUUAAUUUUGUAGGGGUUUUUUUUUUAUUACUAAAGAAAGUUUAAAGAGGGAGCUAGCAUAUUUUCAUGUACAAAAAUUAAUACAUAGAUGUAUACAGGAAUACUGCCAAAAUCAGUAAUAUGAUUUGUCUGGAUUAAUUUGGAAUUCUUGAUUAGCCGACCUGAAAAUGUAACCCACGUUAAUCAUAAAGAGUAAUAUGCUGUAAAUAGUGAGCACUAUCAAGUUGGAUGAACCCCAGAAAUCAGCUUUUACGCUAUUUAAAAGCAAAAUUAUACAUACCUUUAAGACAAAAUUCACAGAGGGAAGCAUUUUCUGAGAGUAAAAAAUCCUGUCAACUUUUUUUUUAAACCUACAAGGUCUUCAGAGAAUACUCACAAGACUCCUAUACAAUAUGAAUAAAAUAAUAUUUAUUCUGCUGCACCAUUAAAGACAUUUUUAAACAUUUCCCAAACUGCAACUUGAUUUACUAAUCCAGGUAGUCUGAAUUAUCAUAUCUCCUUGCACUUACAGUUCGGCAAAAGAAAAUACUGUAUGUAAAUAUAAAAUAUAAUGUAGCAUUAUUAUAAAGUGAUAUAAAACAUUUUAUAUUUUAUUUGUCUUACAAAUCAAACAAGCACCUGUGUCAUUAACAUCUUCUAUUUUUGUUUGGUUGAGGAGAGUUGCAACUUGUGAAAUGGAUUGAGUCUCUUCCAUUUUAAGCAAGUUUUUAUUUAUUUUUUAUUCUAAAUGGUUAGAGCAGUCUUCAGCAGCAGCAGUAUCAAUCUGGGUUUUUCAGAAGACAUCAGACAUUUUAGAGAAUCAGAUGCGUCCCUCUGUGACAUGAAUGUAAUGUAACACUUUGGUACGCACAAACUGGGGCUAAUCGUUUGUUGAGAUUAGAAGUUGCACCACCCACUAAUCUCUACAGCAGGGGAAACACUGACGGUUUAAUUGUACCAUAAUUAUCAUGUUGUUGUAUUUUGUCACUUUAAAUUCUAAACGGCUGGUGUAACUUUUUUUCUCUCCAUUUAACUUUUUAACCAUAAAAAAAUCAAUGCUGACAACAGACUUGAGAGGGAUUCUUUUGUCAUUGUAUUAUUUAAUUUUUCAUUAAUAUAAUAUUGCUUUGAAAUUUGAAACAGUAUCACAUUUUCAUUGACAAACCAUACUCUGUCCACAAACAUGGGCAAAGCAUUGUAUGCUGGUACAGUUUUUUUUUUUAAUAUUUCUCUACAUUUUGUUACAUUUCUGUUCACCCUCAAAACCUCCCACAGUUACUAUCUCCAUUAGACCUGAAUCAAUAGAAAUGCUCGUUAAUGAUCUCUAUCAUUAAUGGUCUACAGUGCUCUAAACAUUACAGUACCUACAUGACAAGAUCAGAGGGUCACACAGAGGCCAGUAAAUAGACUUGACCCUUUCUGACUGACCUCUUUCAAUACAGGAGUGAUACACAGGUCCUGUUUAUCCAGUGACAACAAGUUACCUCUCGUCCGUGUGUUGGGGUUCAUAUCAGGGGCAGUGGAGGAGCGGGGGAUAUACAGAGUGAGAUCUAAAUGUUAGAGUAGUGCCGGUUGGCCCUGCAGGUUGCAUAAGGCUUACCUCUCAUUUUCUCCCUCUCUCUCUCGCUCUCUACCUCUUUUCCACUGCUCUGCCCACUAACUCAACACACACAUCCGCUGCUCCCCUUCAACUCACAGCUUGGUAUCCGGAAACUUGAACGCUGGGGUGAGCUACACAAGGAAAACACCAAUGUUAAAAAAGACUGGUACAUGCACAGCCAAAAGAUCAUGCCACCAAAACUUGCUUUAAAUAGCUGCUGCUCAUUAAAGUGUAAUGCUUUUUUAUAUUAUGCAUCCAUAGUAGAGCAGGUUGUCUUGGUGACACACAAAAUGGAAGAUACAUACGUGACAAGAUGUUGGGAGGGAUGACGACGAUGGAGGGAUGAGGGUGAAAUCGCUGUAUAAGCGUGUAACAAAGAGGGGGGGGAACAUAAAAAGCAGAUGAGUGAGAGGAGACGAGACACUGCUACAGUACAUACAGAGACUGCUCAGGCCAAGUGCAUCAAAAACACAAAAUAAACACUGCCAACAUGCAUCGUCAGUGGAAGCUAACAGUUAACAGUCAGAACAGAGUGGCAAUGACAACAGCCACGGUACCGCACACAAACCGGUUACAUCUUAACAGUCAGUCUCCAGACACACCGUCUCCUGGAGCUCAAUACCUCACGUCUCCCGCAGCACACAGAAACAAGGACAGUGGACAGUGAUGUAACAGCAGCAGUCCAAACUCCCAUGAGGACAGACAGAAACAAGGCAUACAGCACGCACAGUAGGUAGUGCACACAAGGCGGGAGGGGGACCCACAGAUAUGUGUCGACUCUACGAUGAGCAUUUUUGAGUCACAGUGCAGGAGGAAAAUUCUUCUUUAACAAAAAAGCACAAAAAAAAAACUGUGUCAUGUUCUCAGCAUAGCAAAUCCAUUCGCAUUAACACCAGAGCAACACUUAGAUUUGGCUCUUUUAAUGUUGUGGAAUUAAAUCUUUUCACCGCCGUUUAUUUUCAAGUGACACACUUUGCAUGUACUGUACCUAAUUCUAAAUUGGUGUGAAACAGCGUGGAUACCUACCCAUGUAAUCAUGAUAAUAAGAUGCUAUGUUGGGAAAUGUGCGCCAAAUUGUGCUCCAGGCUCAUU